UAAUAAUCGUAGAGGUAAGCAAUGAAGUUACCAUAUAUAAAUACUAUUUGUUUUUUGAUCUGCAUUAGCUAUGUGAAUUCACAGUAUCAUGUCCUACAAAAUUCCAUAGACAGCGUUACGAAAUGCCUUUUGAAGUUUACCACUACCAGAGAGGAGAGCAAAACAUAUUUUGACAAUCCGGAUAAGACAAGCCACAAUUUCAAAUGCUUCCUUAAAUGUAUGGUGGAAGAAGAGGGAUUUUUUCAAAACGGAUCGCCUGUGGCUGAGUUGGUAUUCGAAACUCACAAAACAAAUAAGUAUUUAGCUGCUACCUCUGAGGAAUUGCUUGAAGUAAUUGAAAGAUGCCACGCAUUGGUUGGUGACGACGAUUGUGAUACGGUGUUUAAAAUUUCAAGGUGUUUUGAUGAUAUAGUUUAUGGUAAGGUCCACCAUACAUAACUUCUAAUGAAAGGAGUCGUCCAUGUGCUAUCGAACACAACCUGAUAUAUUUUUUAUGCUUGAAUAAAUAAAUGUGACUGCAAAUACAAUUU